CGCAAGGAACCCAGAGCGCCUCAUAGGGGGGUGCAUAUCGCUGCUGUAUCCUCUGCUUGGCGCUGUCUAGCUCCUUUCCAACCCACUCCAGUUCCUCACCUAUAGCCCAUGCUUGGGCUCCCUCCUCCCCACUGGAUCCGUACCCUUCGACAUGGAUGUCCCGCCGUCCCGCGACCCCGAGGAUUGCUGUUUCUUGGCGCAGUGAAGAAGGAAGAGGAGAACGGGAAGGGGAAGGAAUCAUGCCGGGACUGCUAAUGGAUUUAGGGAAAGCGCAAGUGACCAUGCCGUGAUCUUGCGCAUCCAGGGCCGCCGUUACCCUGCCUUGCCCAACAACCGUAGAAGAAUUACGAGGGAAUCGAACCCGCGCACCGAGGGGAAUAACCACUGUGCAUUUUUUUUAAAACAACAUGAAGAUUACCUCCCAUCAUCUGAUGAUAACCAGUCUUGCUUUCAGGUCCAACCUCAGGCUGAUCCCGCUUCUGCUGCUGUUUCUUGGUUACUCUCGCGGGAUGCCACACGUUUUAAGAUUUGGAGGAAUAUUUGAAUCCAUUGAGAGUGGCCCCUCUGGAGCAGAGGAACUAGCCUUUAAAUUUGCCUUGAACACAAUCAACAGGAACCGCACAUUGCUCCCCAACACCACGCUGACCUAUGACAUCCAGAGAAUAAACAUCUUUGACAGCUUUGAGGCUUCCCGGAAAGCAUGUGACCAGCUUUCCUUAGGUGUGGCGGCCAUUUUUGGCCCCUCACACAGCUCGUCAGCUAACGCGGUCCAGUCCAUCUGCAAUGCUUUGGGAGUGCCCCACAUCCAGACCAAGUGGAAGCAUCAGGUGUCAGACAACAGGGACUCGUACUAUGUCAGCCUAUACCCUGACUUCUCCUCCCUCAGCAGAGCCAUUCUCGACCUGGUGCACUUCUUCAAGUGGAGAACAGUCACCGUGGUCUAUGACGACAGCACAGGUACAGGUCUCAUUCGACUGCAGGAGCUGAUCAAGGCACCUUCACGAUACAACAUUCGUUUGAAGAUCCGACAGCUGCCCACAGAGACCAAGGACGCCAAGCCACUUCUGAAGGAGAUGAAGAAGGCAAAGGAGUUCCAUGUCAUAUUUGAUUGUGGACAUGAGAUGGCUGCCUGGAUCCUGAAACAGGCCCUGGCAAUGGGUAUGAUGACGGAGUACUAUCAUUAUAUAUUUACAACCCUGGACCUUUUCGCCCUUGAUAUGGAACCAUAUCGCUACAGUGGAGUCAACAUGACUGGUUUCCGCAUACUCAACACAGAAAACUCUCAGGUGUCGUCGAUCAUCGAGAAGUGGUCAAUGGAGCGAUUACAAGCCCCACCCAAGCCAGACUCGGGCCUGCUGGAUGGAUUCAUGACGACCGAUGCAGCCCUGAUGUAUGAUGCCGUGCAUGUGGUGGCGGUGGCAGUGCAGCAGUCGCAGCAGAUCACUGUGAGCUCUCUGCAGUGUAAUCGCCACAAGCCGUGGCGCUUUGGAGGGCGUUUCAUCAACCUUAUCAAAGAGGCACACUGGGAUGGUUUGACAGGACGUGUCCUUUUUAACAAGACCAAUGGACUGAGAACUGAUUUUGACCUAGAUGUCAUCAGUCUGAAGGAGGAGGGGCUGGAAAAGAUUGGAACAUGGGAUCCUCCCAGCGGUUUAAAUAUGACAGAGACUCACAAAAGCAAGACGUCCAACAUCACUGAUUCUCUGGCUAACAAAUCCCUGCGUGUAUCCACCAUACUGGAGGAGCCAUAUGUGAUGUUUAAGAAGUCAGACAAGCCUCUAUAUGGGAACGAUCGCUUUGAGGGCUACUGCAUCGACCUGCUGAGGGAACUCUCCUCCAUCCUAGGCUUCCGCUAUGAGGUUCGAUUAGUAGAAGAUGGGAAGUACGGUGCUCUGGAUGAGAGCACAGGCCAGUGGAACGGCAUGGUGCGGGAGCUCAUGGACCACAAAGCAGACCUUGCAGUUGCUCCUCUGGCCAUCACUUACGUCAGAGAGAAGGUCAUCGACUUCUCCAAGCCCUUCAUGACGCUGGGGAUAAGUAUCCUGUACCGCAAGCCCAACGGCACCAAUCCUGGGGUCUUCUCCUUCCUCAACCCCCUCUCGCCUGAUAUCUGGAUGUAUAUUCUGCUGGCUUGCUUGGGUGUCAGUUGUGUGCUGUUUGUCAUAGCCAGGUUUAGUCCUUAUGAGUGGUACAACCCGCAUCCAUGCAACCCUGACUCAGAUGUAGUGGAAAACAAUUUUACGCUGCUCAAUAGUUUCUGGUUUGGAGUUGGGGCGCUCAUGCAGCAAGGGUCAGAGCUCAUGCCCAAGGCCCUGUCGACUCGAAUAGUGGGAGGCAUCUGGUGGUUCUUCACCCUCAUCAUCAUUUCCUCCUAUACAGCCAAUUUGGCUGCUUUUCUCACUGUGGAGAGGAUGGAAUCGCCCAUAGAUUCAGCCGAUGACCUGGCCAAACAAACUAAAAUCCCAUAUGGGGUAGUGGAGGAUGGUGCCACAAUGACAUUCUUCAAGAAGACAAAAAUCUCUACCUAUGACAAGAUGUGGGAGUUUAUGAACAGCAGGAGGCAAUCUGUGAUGGUAAAGAACGUGGAGGAAGGCAUCCAGCGUGUCCUUACUUCAGAUUAUGCCUUCCUCAUGGAGUCCACUACCAUUGAGUUUGUCACCCAGCGCAACUGCAACCUCACACAGAUUGGAGGCCUCAUAGAUUCGAGAGCCUACGGCGUGGGAACACCUAUGGGAUCUCCAUACAGAGACAAGAUCACGAUAGCUAUUCUGCAGCUGCAAGAGGAAGGCAAGCUGCACAUGAUGAAGGAGAAGUGGUGGAGAGGCAAUGGGUGUCCCGAGGAGGAGAGCAAAGAGGCCAGCGCUCUGGGAGUACAGAACAUCGGUGGGAUCUUCAUCGUGCUGGCUGCGGGACUUGUGCUGUCAGUGUUUGUGGCUGUGGGGGAGGUCCUUUACAAGUCUAAGCAGAACGCCCAGCUGGAAAAGCGAUCGUUCUGCAGUGCCAUGAUGGACGAGCUGCGCGUGUCUCUAAAGUGCCAACGCCGUCUCAAACAAAAGCCUCAGCCACCUGUCAUCGUUAAGACAGAGGAGGUUAUUAACAUGCACACGUUUAACGACAGGAGACUCCCAGGAAAGGAAACCAUGGCAUGAACACUGAAUACACCUGGACUACACCCCUCAGUAAAAACCACGAGUGGGGAGACAGGGUUGAAUUAAUGCUGGCUUAGUUACAGACUGAGUUUAGCAGGGGGGGGGGGAAACAAAAAUAAAAAAAAUACAAAGAAACAAACAGGAUUCCUUUCGAACCCACUUGCUUAUGUAGACAGAUGUUUCCUGUGGAAAUAUAGAUACCUGAGCAGUGUCACCUCACUGUGACAUUCACUUUUUGAAGGGAGAUGUAAUCGAAGGACUCACGGGUUUGGUUGGUAAUAUAUGUAAAAUGACAGAAAAGCCGAGCAAUUUUGUGACACAACAUUUGACUAGUCCACAGUAGAAGUGGACUUAAACAUACGCAUACACACACAAAAAAACUAAUGAAAAAAAAUGUAUGCACACACACACUGACACACACACUCUCUCAUCUGACACACUUGACAACUGUGCAGAAGGGAAAACUAUUGUGACACUUACACCAGAUGUAGUUUUUCUGUUGAUGUCAAUACCCUUUCGUCUUACCUCCAUGUGUGUGUGACCCAAUCGGUCCCCUCUCCUCGGUGGCUUGAGUUUCUCUCAGAUAAUUUGAACAAACACUAAUCUUACACCAACAAAGGGAACAGUAGUCAGUGCCAAAUGGUUUGUUAUGAACUGAUGUAUAAAAGUGAUAUUUAGUUUUGAGAACCAUCUAUGCCGACUUUGUCAAAUAUCCAUCAUUUUCUUCUAUAAUGCCUUUCUCGUGCCAAAGUUCUGCCAUUGUAAAGAACUUUCUGCCAUGCCUAUUAUUAUGUUCAAAGCCUCUACAAGAAAUGUAUACUGUCAGAGUCCUUAUCCAUGUCGGUCCUUGCGCACAGUCUGCAGUUUUCACUCUGUAUCAGUUGUUGUUUAAAAUGCAGGAUUUCUACAAAAAUGUUUGUUUUUGUACAAGAACAAAAAGUUUUGUAGUACUUUGUAUCAUGGUAGCCCCUUCUGUGGACAAAAUAUGUAGCAGAUACCAACUCAGCCCUCAAACUCUGACAACUGGCGGCUAUGGGGCUUCAAACUCUGCUGUGUAGGGUUCAUCAUUCUCAUCUUUCAGAGAUUCAGUCUUUUGUCUUGCCAGUCUCACGGGGCCAGCUGUAUAUACUAUCUGGAGACGAUGUAGUGGAUUUUGGCAGGUAAGAAACAAUAAAACCAGAAAAUGCAACCGUUCUGCUGUCAGUGAGAGUUGGGUAGUCACCAUGAUGAGUCACCAUGAAAGACGUAGUAAAACAUGCAAAUGCUCUACGUCUAGAAGGUGUUCAUAACUGUGGUUAUGUAGCACCAAUAUACAGCAAAAUUGUUAUUUUAUGAGUUGUUUUAUUUUUGUUUGUUUUGUUUUUCUUUUACCAGAAUCAAGUCCUAAAAGUAUUAUUUCAAAACUAGGGGAAAUAUUUACAGCCAAAAGUAACACAGAUAUUGAUCUUGAAGAGCCAAAGGAAAAAAUACCCUGCAGUAAUUUCUUUAACAUAAACAAACAAGCUUGAUAUUGAUCUCUUGGAUGUGUACACUAACCGAGGCAUUUUACAGUUGAAAAUUCCACUUUUCUUUGCUGUCUGGUAGACGUGCAAUAUAAUGUGGAAUGACUGCUUCUAAAUUACCUCACACUGACUAUAGCUUUUUUUUCCCACCCUGCAAAUCCUUGCAGCUUAUCAGUAUGGAUCCAUACUGGUAAAUCUGCUACAAGCCUGACUGAGUUGGCCUGAUUGAUUGAUUGAUUGAUUGCUCUAUAAAUAAUCUGACACUGCGUGAAUGACAUCAUUCUCAGUCUCAGUAUGGCCAUGUUUCCAAUUCGUUCCAAGGGUUUGUUAAUAUUUCGUGUUGGUAUCAGUAAGUUUGAUUUAUUAAUGCACAUUCCUGCACCAGAAGGUGAAAAAAAUAUUGAAAUGAGUCAAUUUGCAUUUUGAAACUGGUUGAAAUAAUCUCACGGCACUGUUGGAUAUUUUUCAGUGCUUUCAGAAAAUAUUACUUUUAGGACUCACUAACAGACAAAAAUGACCUCAGUCAAAGGGGAACCUCACUGAUGGGCAGCUUUUGAAUGUAUAAAACUGUGCAUUUGCAGUAAUUCUGAUGUUGGCGUAAUUAGAGCUUUGAGACACUCGUGUGCUACAUAGUAAAUCUCUCACCUCUGCUCAAAUGCCAGGUGUUGCUUCACUCACGGUGCCUAAAAGGGACUUGAUCAACCUUGGGGCGCAAUUUUCGAGGAUAACUCGUGGGCCGAGCGAAUCAUUUAUCCACUAAUUGUCUCCAGAUGCGUGUUCUCUUCGCCAAGCGACACAUCACAUUUGGCCCCACAACACUUCUGUGUCUGUUAACUCUGUUCCGUGUUGUGAAAUGACAAGCAUAUCUGAUAGGUUACUCCACCAGUGCCCCUGUCUUCCUACACUAUUCGGUUAAUCAUCUGAUCUGAUAUUCCAGGGAUGAUUUCAAAGACAAAAAAAAAAAUGAAAAAAAUCAAAUACGCCCACACACCUGUGUUGUACACGAGUGGCUCCCCUAUAUUUAAUGACUUCUUUAAAACAACCGCAUCUACGCUUUUAUGAAAAAUGACAGGGAAGACAUGCUCCUUUAACUUGUCAGCUAUCUACCAGUGUGGCUUGUCAUUUUUUUUUUUUCUACACACGGCUAAAUCUAGCAGUGUGAGCUCAAGUGGUUGAAUAGUUUGGGAACAUUGCUGUGGGAAACUGAUGUGUGCUCGUGGAAUUUGACAUCCAUGCAAGGUUUUACAAAUAAUGUCAUUAAAAA